AGAUUUUCAAGCAUAAAAAGACAAUGGGAAAUACCACCAGCAUUACACAAUGAUUGCCUUCGUUAUCACACUGAUCGUGGGCUUCCCACUGGGGCAUGCUUUCACUGUGUCUCAGCCCUACUAUGCAGUAGGAGCGCGGGGGCAAGUGUCUUUGCAUUGCACAAUUAACACAAGGUCACAGCCAGAAGAAAUGCGAGUGUCUGUAUAUAAGGGAAUGUAUGGGGAAGAAAGGAUCUGCAGUGACUAUGUCAACAUCUCAAACCCUCACAUAGAAACAAAUGGUAGAAUCUACUGCAGAGGUAAUGUAAGCACAGGCAGAGUGGACCUGACCAUCUUUGGCUUAAGGGGGGAGGACACUGACAUCUAUCGAUGCCAAGUAGAUGCCAUCUUCCCACCACCAUACAUCAGCAAGUUUGGGAAUGGCACUCUGGUGUAUAUACCAGACAGCCCUGAAUGCCCCCCUGAACAUACGCAAGCUAGGAUUCAGGAAAUCCCCGAGAUCACAUAUGACCAAACCCUUUCAUUUCCCAACAUUCUGCUCUCUGCUAUUCUCAUAACCACCACCAUCACCCUCAUUCUACAGGUGAUGAAAAUGAUCCUGACACAACGGAAAUCCAAUCAUGUGACACAAACAGUUUCACAGAAAGGCGAUUACAGGAACUUUUGGUGAUAUGUACUUAUACUUAUCAGUGAUAUUCAUCUGACUCUGCAUUACCAAAGAAUUAUACUAUUAUACUAUAAUAGUAAUAAAUUACCACUAUUUUCUGUUUUAUCUGAAGGUAGAUAAAUAAGUCAGCUUGUCGCACAGCUUCCUGUGCAAUUUCUUUCGAAUUUUCAGUGGAAAAGAAACAUUACAUGUUUCCUAUGGAAGUGUACCCAGUGUUGAAUAAC